CAGGUGCAGUUAACGAUGGCUCUCCAACAGUUUGUGUACUGUUUCAUUGUGGGGAUCAUUGUCUUAUCCGAAGGUUGUCAUGCAGAGCAGCCCACAUGUGGCACCAGGGCUGCGGACAGCAGCAGCAUCACAGAAAAUUGGCCCUGGUACGCUGCUAUAGGUGAAGGUCCAAAUCAAUUUGGAGGGUCUCUGAUCAAUGACCAGUGGGUGCUGACAGCUGCAUCUGCUACACUAUUUGUUGGCAGUACCACAGUGGUCCAUCUGGGCCACAACAGCAAUUCAGGUUCAAACCCGAAUGAAGUGACUCGAACAGUGGAAGAAAUCAUCCAGCACCCUGAAUUUAACGCGGCGAUUGUUAAAAACGACAUUUGUCUUCUGAAGCUGUCAGCUCCUGUGGAUUUCACAGACUACAUUCAGCCGGUCUGCUUGGCCUCAGAAAACAGCAUUUUCAACAGUGAGACCAGCAGCUGGGCCAUUGGUUGGGAUUAUAAUAGUGAUGUCCUCCAGGAAGCAAAGGUAGCAAUAGUUGGAGACAAUGAGUGCAGAGACAGCUACCCAUGGGUCCAAGGGGACAUCAUCUGUGUUGGAGAGACAGAUUUAUGUUUGUCUAGAAGAGGGGAACCGCUCAUGAUCAAAAAUGAAUCAGUCUGGGUCCAGACUGGAGUCUUGGGUUUCUCUCAAUGCAUUUAUACUCCCAGAUCUCGUUCAGUCUACACUCGUGUGUCCCAGGUGCAGAAAUGGAUCAGUGACACAGUUACAAAGACAUCACCAGAGGGUUCAUCAACAACCAGCGCCCCUCCCACUCCAACUGCCCCUCCCACUCCAACUGCUCCUCCCACUCUCAUUGCUUCCCCCAGGACCACAACCACUGCUUCCAUUGCUCUUCCCACUACCACUGUUCCAACCACUGACCCGACAUGUGACAGUUUGUUUUGUAGUGGUGAAAACUUGAUCCACUUCACUCAAUUCACCUCACUCUGUGUUCUCGUUGUGUUACUCCAUGUGUUUGCUGGAAUUGUUGGAAAGUAGAUCAACGCAUUUACUCAAGUUCAAAUAUAAACAUGAAGUACUUUACCUAAGUUUUUAUUUUACAACUUUAAGUUGAACACUAUACCUUUUAUUCCACUAUACUUAGAGAAAUCGGGAGUUUGUUUUAUUUUUUAGCAAGAUUAUUAUUUUUAUUUCAGUUUUUUCUGUCUGUCUGUAUUUGCUUUACCUUCUUUAAACUACUUUAAUGACCUGAUGAUUUUCAUUAAGAAAUCAAACACUUCUUACAUAAUUCUGAGGAGUGAAAUGUUAAGCUGUUGUUAUCCCUACUUGUAUCCAUUAUUUGCUCAAAAUCUUACGCAAAUGAAUUAAAAUCCUUUCAAA